CCCAGAACCAGGUACCUUCUUUUCUUCCAUUUCCAUAACAUAGUUUCCACCGCUUGUGUUUCUGUUCCGAAUGGGCACGGCAUUCCACCUUUGUGCCAGUUUUAAUUCAACCAGUUCCAAUCCUGUUCAAGGUAGAAAAUGCAAGUAUGCGGGUCAAUCAGUGAGAGCACUUCCUAUACGAAUAUUAUCAGUGGGGAAGAAGCGAUCACGUGGACUACAACUCAUGGUUGAUGAGUAUGUUGAAAAGCUCAAAUACUAUUGCAGUGUUGAGGAUGUUCAAAUACGGCCAAAUCCUAGAAAUGCACGUGACCAAAGGGCUCAGGUUGACGAUGAAGACACGGCAUUUAUGAACCUUAUAAGGUCUGAUGAUUGGGUUGUGAUGUUAGAUGAACAUGGACUAGACAUAGGAUCUGAGCAAAUGGCAGAGUUGGUGGGUGAUGCAGGAAAUACUGGUGCUUCACGAUUAUCAUUCUGUAUUGGUGGGCCCUAUGGUCAUGGAAGAAAAAUGCGGGAACGUGCUAACUUAUCAAUCAAGUUAUCUUCACUGGUCUUAAAUCAUCAAAUAGCAUUACUUGUGCUCAUUGAACAGCUGUACAGGUCAUGGACAAUUUUAAGAGGACAAAAGUACCAUCAUUAGAUAUCCUAUCUUAUUUGUUUAUCUUUCAUAUACGUCUUUCGUGAUGUGUCCAAUUUUCCCAUGAACCUUUUAUAUCUUGUCUUCUAUUUCACGAAAUUGGAUCUUUUGGAAUUUGGGGUGAACGGAUGAGAUGU